CAUAAUGUUGCACGGUCAUACUUACAACAAAUUUGUUAGAAAAAAAAAAUGGUCUUGACAAAAAGAUAAUAAAAUUCGGUUAAAUUUAGAACAGAUUUCGUACUAGGUGAGAUGUGCUAGAUGAUAAGAUAAAAUGCUGGCCCUGGGCAAAAAGGCGUCCGUGUGCCAUCUUGGCUCCUGCUGCUCCGUCCCCUUCAAGACAGUGCCUCUCCCUCGGUUCGCCACAUCGACGAAAACAAAAACAAACGUACACAAACAAGGGCGAUCAGAUGUUUGGUUCCUGUUACGUAACGUUCGUAAAUUGGCGCAAAAUUCAACGCGGUGGGAGCUUAAAGCAGCGCCGGCAAUAGCAUCGACAGCAUCGUUUCACGAGGCACGAAGGUAUUUCCACAACUCGGCCGUCAGAAAUUCAAGGUACUCCGCCAGCACCAUCAUGACCACCUAUCACAAGGAACUCCUCCUGGGGCACUACGACAUCGUCGGAUUCGAUCUGGACGGCACCUUGCUACGCUACAAUCUCCGAGAGAUGUCCGCAUUGAUAUACGAUGUGCUGAAGCAGUUCCUUGUCGAACAGAGAGGCUACAAAAGCGACCUAUUGGCGCAGCCCUUGGAUGUCGACUUCCUGCAGAAAGGCCUGUUCCUGGACGGUCCCCGAGGUAAUGUCUUGAAGCUGAGCAACGAGGCAGAGAUCAUGCGCGCCACCCAUGGCACUCGGCUCCUCACCGAUGAAGAAAUCGUGGCCAUCUAUGGAGCCGAACGGAAGUGGGACAUCACCACGGCAUUCUACAAGGAUCCUCUGUCCACUUGGAAUGGGGCUGCCUCCACACAAAUGCGAUCCCUGCUGGAUUACUUUGACAUGCCAAGUGCUUUGGUGUUUGCUCAAGCUGUGGAUCAAGUCGACAGGGAAAGAAGAAAGACCUGUCCGGUGGAGGAGUACCAAGUAUGGCAGGAUGUGCAGGCAGGCCUGAUGCACAUUUUUAGCCGGGAGAACUUCGCCAACGGCAAGAGCCUCUACUUCAAGAGCAUGCGAGCCGAGCCCCAGAGAUUUGUUCUGCCCACUGACAAAAGAGUGCUCCAGUGGCUGAAUGAGCUGCGAAAAUCGGGAAAGAAGCUAUUCCUCCUAACAGGAUCCAACGUGGACUUUGCUAAUCUCACGGCUACUCAGGCUCUGGGAAAGGACUGGCGGAGUCACUUUGAUUUUGUGGUGACGUACGCCAAGAAGCCAGGUUUCUUCACCUGCCAGAGGCCGUUUAUGAAGGUGGACGUGGAGAAGCUAACGGAAAUGACCUGGGAAGCCGAGGUGAUAAAGCCGGGCGAGGUCUAUUCGCAAGGCAACUGGCAUGGGUUGCAUGCGGCCAUGGCUAGUAUGCUGAAUAAGGAACCAUGCGAGGCCAAGGCGCUCUACUUUGGAGACAACAUCGUUCAGGAUGUCUAUACGCCUGUCAAACAUCGCGAUUUCGAUGCUGUGGCGAUCGCCGAGGAGCUGCUGCUCGAGGACGGUAAGUAUCCUUUUACUGCCGAACUGGACUCACAAUUCUGGGGCUCCUACUUCGCCCUGGAAUGUACGCCCACCCUCUGGUCGAGCUUUAUCAGCAGCUACGCCCAGUUGUGUGUGCCCUCGGUGGAGCAGGUGGCCCAGAAUUCGCCGCAAAAGCGUAUCAUUUGCAGCAAUCCGUAUGGAUUCAGUCCACGGUUGCCCAAGGAGCUGGAAACCCUGCAUUUGAAGAACUGCAAUCGAGGAUGAUAAGGUGAAUCUGAUGUACUAUAAGCUAUCUUUCAUCUUCCUGGAGACAAUAAACGACCUGCGACCUGUGGCGCAGUUGAUCCGAUAACGCUUCUUUCAGCCGGAACCUAUUUAAAAAUUUAACGUACAAACAAUUUUAUUGAAUAAUAGCAAUAAAAAACACAAAAUUCAGGAUUGUUCAAUUAGCGAGUUGACUUGCCGACAGCAUAUACAGGGAGUGUCAUAGUUGUAAGUCACUGCAACACUAUCCUCCAAUUUGAUAUUAAAUAGCUAAUAAUUGAAAUAAAUUGAACAACUCUGAGCAUAUUGGUACGCAAACUAGUUAUACAAUUAUUUUAACUAAGUAUUAUAAAAUCAAUUUAGUAUUUUCUUAUCACAAUUAUGUCCAAAGUUCAGGUACACCCUAAAAGUUUUAGUGAAAAGUAUGAUUCACGAGCUGUUUUUUUGAUAAAUUAUUUCUGUUAUAGAACUCUUUGCAUGGUUCUUAGCAAAGCUAGAACAAUUUAUAACAAAAAUAAUCCCAAUUUUACUAAAAAUCUAUUAUACACAAAUAUUUUAGCCCAAUUUGUUAAUAGUUUAUCAUUUUUAACUAACCAUUAUACCGAAGAACUCAUUUAAAGUACCUAUAUGCCUUAGAUUAAAGAGUCUACAUGUUCAAAUAAUUUUAAACUGUGGAUGCAUCGCAUCGCUAAUCUAAUUCGCAAUAUGCAAAAUACGUACAUUGUAAAGCAAAUAAACUGGAAAUAGAUAUAUGGCGUCAUUCUGGAAAAAUUUGUACUUCCCUAUGAAAAAUAAACUAUGAAUUUUAACAUAAACAAAAA